GUUGUUCAUUUUGUUGUUGUUGUUGCACUCCUCUCCUCUCCAUCGUUUGUCAUUGCCGCGUUUUGCCGGCAUUUUGUAUGUUUGUUUGUUUGUUUUUAUUUCAGGUGAAUAAUGAAUUCUUCAUCGUUGCUCGAACAACAACAUGGUUCGGAUGAUCAUUCAAAAUUUAAUGAUAAUUUGAUUGUUAUCAAUUGCGCAAGCAACAGUACCCUGCAAGAUUUAAAGAUUCCAAAAUGUUCCGGAGUAUUCACCUAUAAUGAUAGUGAUGAUUUAACAUCAAUCACAUCUAAUCGUUAUAUUGUAUGGCAAACAUGUGAUGAUAUAUUGAAACUAAGUGAACAUAGUUUACAUCGUGAUCUACAUUAUAAUGAGCUUCGAAUUCAAUUUAAAAAUAGUUUGAUAUUAAAAAAUGGUGUCACCAUUCAAGAAUCAUCCAAUAAGAUUAUCAUAUUAGUUACGACUAUUGUAUCAGCUCAUCGAUUAAUUUUUCGUCAUCCACAUCAAUUGCAUUCAAAUCCUAGAUCAAUUGGUUCAUCAUUAUCUUGUCUUGGAUCAACACUAUCAUCAUCCAAUGAUUCGUUUUAUUCAAUAUUUUCCAAUGUCACAUGUUUCGAUGAUUCGGAUACAAGUUUUGUACAGCUACAGAAUUCAUUUUCACAGAAUGCAAUUCUUGGAUCACCAGCCGUGUUACCAUAUUUGUCGUCAUGUUCAUGGGCCAAUACUCAAGAUUUGGAUGCAUUUUUUAUACUAUCCACAACUACUGGUUCAUUGCAAAUUAUUCGUUUGCCAUCGGCUUUGAAUUCAAAUGAAUCACAGUCUGAAAUCAAAAUUCAAACAUUUGAUCUUAAACAAACAAAUUUGAUUGGUAAAUUAUUGUCCUGUUAUCGACCUUCGCUCAAUAAAUCAUUAGGAUCGUUGGCAAUUGAAGCGGCUAUUUCACUUCUUUCCUACAAUACUGGAGACGAUGACUUGAUAUUCGCCCUUUGCCGUGAUGGCCGUAUUAGGGUCGUAUCAUUGAAACAACAAACAUUUUUACUUAUCCAUAAUGUGUUCAAUCAAUCAAUGAAUUUAAAUUCAAGAGAUGGAUCGGAUAAUGGAUCUGGCAAGACAGCAGCCAUUUUAAGUACACAAAAACCAAUAUCAAUGAAAUUCUGGUGGUACGAGAAUGAAACCUAUAUGCCAAAUUUGGUUGUAUAUUGUACCGAUACUCAAUAUAAUCAAUUCUAUUUCUAUCAAAUGAUUUUGCCAAAUCAAUCGCAUUCACCAAUGAAAAAUCAUUCCAUCCAUUCAUCAUCAUUCAAUUCAUCAUCAUCCAUUUUGAAUCAGGAACCACAUUUACGAUAUCUAUUUCAACGUUUUAUUCCUAGCCAAUAUGAAUUAAUUGAUUAUUUUGUUUAUAAUAGUCAAUUAUGGGCAAUGUGGCAGCAUGAAGAAAUUAUUAAUUUACAAUACUAUUCUAUUGAUUCAAAUUAUGACACUGAACAGCCAUUUGAAUGGAUGCCUGUUGUUGCUGAUGUGAAUGCUCAUCCCGAAAUUGGUCUCCGUUCUCCAUUAGUAAAUCCACGUGAAUUUUAUUUGAAUGGAAUUUUUUGGCAAGGAAAUUUUUCCUGUAAUACAAUAGCCAAAGCAAUCAAUGUUUUGAAACGUAGUAUUGGCGAUGAAAAAACUAUCAUAACUAAUAUACAAAAAAUUGAUAUAUUGAUUCAAGAAGCUGUUAAACUUGUUGACAAUAUAAUUCGUAAUCAAGCUGAAAAUCAAUCAGAAAUUGAUUGUGAAGAAUAUAUCCAAUAUGAAGUGGAUUCUUGGAAUAAACUUUAUCAAUUUUGUUUGGACUAUCAUGUUGCUGAAAAUGAACCACUUUCGAUAUUUGUUGAUCCAAAAACCGGAAUCAAAGGAAUUGUUCGUAAAUCACGUGUUGAAUUCAUUCCAUCAUUGUCACCGUUUGAUGAUAUGAUUAAUCAUUAUUUUUUACAUUGUAAACAAAAUCAUACAGUCGCUCAUCAACAGAAUGGUGAUGUACAAUCAUCACCAUUCAAUCGAUCAUCAUCAACAAAUCCAAACGAUAGUAUGGAUCUAUUUUCAAUAUCGGCUUUUGAAUAUCGUCUUAAUACGUUGAUAAAACCUAUUCAAGAUUCUCAUCAAUUGAAUCAAACUUCUGAUAUGUUUUCAACCAUUGAAAAUAUGAAGAGUAGUAUUUUGGCUUUAUUACAUGGUAUGUCAGCCAUUAAUGUUACAUUGAAAGAUGAAGAUCUAUUGGAUUUUGAAGCAUUCAUGCAACGUGUAUCGAGUUUCAGUACUGAAACAAAACUUUCAUUGAUUGAAAUAACGAAAAAAAUUACAGAAAAUUCAUUAUUACCUGAGAUGCCUUCACUUUCCGAUCAUUCAUUCGUACCGUUGAUUGAUGAUUUUUUUGAUAAAUGCCCCUAUGUUGUUGAAGCAAUCAAAUUCUUCAUUCUACAAUUAAGUUUUGAUUUUAUGACAAAAAAUGAAUUGAAUGAUUAUCUGGAAAUGAACAAUGAAAUGCAAUUACUAUUAACAUCGAACAAUGAGGAUGCACAAUCAAAAAUGGAUGAAGCUUUACAAUUCGAAAUCAAACCAAUGUUUGCCAAUCUAUUGUCCAGUCGUUGUGGUCUAAAUUUUACCAUCACAAGUAUUACAAGAAUCAUACAGAUGCGUUAUAAGUUUUGUCGUGAUUUAUUCUUAUUACAAUAUAUGUUGACAAGUUUUCAUUCCAAAGUCAAAAGCGAUUAUCGUACAAGAAUCAUUCAAGAUGUACAAGCAUUUAUGAUACCGGCUACCUCACAAGUGAUGUUUGCAUUGAAUCAUUUGUAUUGGAUUUCUGAAACACCGAUGAUCACGCCGAAUAUUUGGUGGUCAAAUUCAUAUAACAAACUUUCUGAUGGUAUUACAUCCAUUGUCAAUUUGAAUACAUCACCUUCAAUGGUAACCGCUUCGAAUCGUGGUUCAUCAUUUGAAAAUAGUGAAUUAUUAUCAGUGUUGGAAAUGCGUAAUUUUAUCGAUUUAAAUCGUGUUGGCAUUUUAUCACAUGAAUCUAUUUUCUACGAUGCUUAUCCUCGUGCCAAUAUAUUGUAUUUCUAUUGUCAAUUUAGUGGUGGUAUUUUGGCUAAACGAUUGCUUAGCUAUGCACUGACUUGGGAAUAUAAUCAAGGAACAUUGGAUCAAUCGACAUUGGUUGGAGAAGGAAUUUGGUCGAAUUUAUUGCCCAUGUAUAUGAAUUCAAUAUGUCAAUUGGUAUGGCCUUUUUCAUCUGGACAAUUUAAAUUGGCAGAAUUCCUAUUAGGUAUUGGUCAAUAUCAUCUGGUUGAAAGAUUUGUUGAUAAAUUACAUCCAUGGUGUAAAAUGUUUUCAUAUAGUCGAUAUUUUGCUCGUGGAAUCUGCUACCUUAUGACUGGUGAUGGUGACAAAGCAAUCACACAGUUUAAACAAUCCGUCAAUGGAAUCGAUUCAGAGCCAUUUUUGUUCAAAAUUUUUGCACAACGACCAAAAUCAGAUAAACUAACUAAUGCAGAAAUGAAAGAUGGUGGCAAUAAAACGACUGAAAAUGAUUCGACCAUACGCAAGAUUCAAAUGCGAAAAUAUAAGGAAUCUAAAACAAUUCUGAAUGCUCGAACAUUAUUCCGUUAUUAUAACAAAUUAAUUCAUCUUUAUAAUCGUUAUUCAACUUUUGAUCUGGUCAUUGAAUUAGCGGAUUGUGCCUUAAAAUGUUUGAAAAAUGGUUCCGAUCCAGAAUUUGAUCAACAUAAUUCAAUAUUACAUUCGAUACUGUUUUCUUGUCAUCUUCGUUUGGGAAACAUUGAACAAGCAUAUAAAUCAAUGAUUGAUAAUGUUGAUCCGGAUCAGAAACAAAAUUGUUUACGACAAUUCAUUGUAAAUCUUUGUGAAAAUGGCCAAUUAAAACAAUUGGUCAGCUAUUCAUAUAUUGGUUUGGAAGAAAAUUUUGUUUCCAUAUUGGAAUCAAAAGCAAGAUCAUCCUGUCUAAUGAAUCAUAAUAAAGGAAUGAUGAUAAAGAAACCAGUGAAUGGUGAAAUGAAUCAAAAAUCAACGUUACUUGAAUCUGAAUCAAUUUCAAUAAAUUAUUAUCACGUUCUAUAUAGUUAUUUUAUAAAUACAUUCAAUUAUCGUCGUGCUGCACAAACAAUGUAUGAUUAUUAUCGUCAAUUAAGUCAAGAAUAUAGCGGUGGUGGUGGUGAUCAUCAAAUAUUGAAAAUUCAAUUGGAUGCAUUAUUGAUUGCACAAAAUUGUCUUAAAUGUUUUGAUGAUACAAAAUAUUCAUGGAUUGUGAAAAAUUCAUUGAAAAAAACUGAUGAUACUAAACAACAAAUGAAACGUAAACGUGGAUAUUUUUCCGAUGAUAAUGAUAAAAAUGAUAAUUAUAAUCAAGAUAAAACCAUUAUUGAAAUCGUGGAUGUUGAUGAAUUAUUACGUGAAUAUGUAUUGAUUGGUGCACGAUUGAAAUUAUUGGAACAAAAUCCAAAAGAAUAUGCUAUUGCUUCAUCACCAUUAAGUCCAGAUGAAACAGUUAUUCUAUGUACAAAUGCAUCGUUUUAUGAACAAUCAUUUAAAAUAUCUGAACUAUUUUCACUGCCAUUUGAACCAAUAUUCAAUGGUAUGGGAUCGAAAUAUAUUCAACUUUUGCAUGGUACUUAUAAUCGUCGUAGAAUUGAUGAUGAAACAAUGUUAGCGCUAUUGGCUCAAUCUAGCAUAGAUAUUGAUCCCGAUAUGGUGGAACCAAAAUUAAAAUUACCGAUUGAUGAAGAUAAUUUCACUGUAGAAUUGCUUGAUGUUUUCUAUGAAAACACUGCAUCAAAUACUGAAUGUGAUUUUAUUUGUUAUUCAUCAUUGUCAAUAUGUGAUCGUAUGUGGCAUCUUAUAAUGUACUAUUUGUAUCGAUAUGAACGUCAACCUCGUGUGUCGUCUAAUUAUUUUAAAACUGUAGCUGAAAAACUUUUAUCCAACGGUGUUAUGAUACCUGUUUCGUUGAUGAAAAUCUAUCAGAAAUCUAAUUGUCCACAAUUGCUUCGAUUAUUGAUGACUUAUAAUUUUUUACCUGAAGCUACUCAAUUGUCUAUUGAUUAUAUGAACGCAUUUAUGGGUCAUGGUGUUGAAUAUUUCGAUCUUACGAGUCAUUUGUAUCCAAAUUGUAAACAACUAUGUAUUCCUAUGCAUUUGUUUGAUUGUUUGGCUAAAAUUCUGGAAGAAGAAAAUGAACAAAAUAAAUUGGAUACAAGUAAUAAAGGUAUAGGAAGCAGUGAUUAUAAUGAUGAUAAUGAAGCUGUUGAUGAUGAAAUUCGAUCCGAAAUGAUGAUUAUUGAUUAUGAUUCUUUAUUACGAAAUCUGACCAAAACUAAACAAAUGCUAGAACAAACAAUUAUUUCAUGUUCAAAUGCCUAAAUCAUGAAUCAUCAACCAUUGGUCAUAUAAUAUAUGAAUUGGAAAUCUGUUGUCAUUGAAUUCACCAUUCACCAAUUAAAGAUAAUAAUACAAAUAUUAUAAACAUUUAUUAUUGUAAUUUUCAAAUUAAUCUAAUGAAAUAUCUGAUAAAUCAAUGAUUAUUAUUCAAUUUUUUUUAUUUUCGGUCACCAUAUCUUUUUGUAUAUUGACCACCAGAUGGUCAACAAAAAAAAAAACAAUUUUUCAUGUCCAAUUCAUUGGAAAAUAAUAACAUCUUUUAUUGAUAUAUCAUAAAUAAUGAUGAUGAUGAUGAUGAUACACAGGAGCUAAACAAUCAAA